AUGUGUAACACUAACAAUUCGCACGGUUGGCUGGACCGAAUUUUGCCAAAUGGGAAUCCUUUCCUUAGCAGCCGACCUCGACGAGAUGUUGAAGUUGAGGAUUGUUCGAUUCUGAGCGUUUUGAAAGUAGAUCUCUGCCAGGAAGAGAACCACGUGAGACACCACACAAGUCAUUUCCACUCGGCGGAUACCCAAGAAGCCCUGGUCGUGAGAAGGGGUCAGCCCUUCAGGCUAAGGAUCCAUUUCGACCGGGACUUCAGUCCCAGCAAGGAUACGAUCUGCUUUAUCGGCAAAGUGGCUGACGACCCCAAACCGACUCCUGGCCAUGGAACUUUCAUUGCCCUGCUCCCAAAAAAUGGAACCGACAAUCUUGGAGACCCAUCCGAGUGGGGUGCUGGCAUCGAAUCGCACGAAGGUCAAACGCUCUCAGUGCUCAUAAAACCUCCUUCCACUUGUCCUGUGGCCGAAUGGAAGUUGGAUAUUGACACGGUGUCCGAUAGACGUGGAUCGUGCUACUCCCUGUCAGAGCCCCUGUAUGUCCUGUUUAAUCCCUAUUGUCCCGAUGACCAAGUUUUCCUGAAGGAUCACGAUCAGCGAAAGGAGUACGUGAAGAACGACACCACUCUUAUAUACAACGGGUCCUACAACAGCAUAUGUGCAUUGGGCUGGAAACUCGGACAGUACGAGCGUGAUGUGCUGAAAUGCAGCUUGAGGAUUCUUGGAACUAUAGGCGGGCUUUCCCCAGCUCACCGAGGUGAUCCCGUGUUUGUGGCUCGGACCUUGUCCGCUGUGAUCAACUGUAACGAUGACCGUGGCAUUCUAGUAGGCAAUUGGGAAGAGGUUAUCGAGGAUGGUGUGAAACCUACCAAAUGGACCGGAUCAGCGGAGAUUAUUCAGCAGUUCUACAAGUCCAAGGAGCCAGUCAGAUAUGGGCAGUGUUGGGUUUACGGAGGUGUCCUAGCCACCAUGGCCAGGAGUCUGGGAAUACCGACCAGGAUCAUUACAUGCUUCAACUCCGCACAUGAUAAAGAUGGUUCUGCGACGCUAGAUGUCUUCUAUGACGCGGAUGGCAAGGAAAAAGACGAUGGCGAUUCCAAUUGGAACUUUCAUGUGUGGAACGAAUGUUGGAUGAAGCGACCAGACUUUGGAGUGGGUAAGCACGGCUCCUACGAUGGCUGGCAGGUUGUGGACGCGACUCCUCAGGUGGAGUCCGGAGGAAAAUGUCGACUGGGUCCUGGUCCUGUUUUGGCCGUGAAACACGGAGAACUUCAAAAACCAUAUGAUAUCGGAUAUAUCUUCGCUGAGGUGAACGCAGAUAUGGUCUUUUGGCGCUACAAUGGAAAGGGACAUCCAUUAAAGCUCAUCCGAACAGAUACCCAAUACGUUGGCAAAAACAUCAGCACCAAGGCAGUGCUGAAAUUUGAACGAGAAGACGUCACCGAUAACUACAAAUUUGCAGAGCGCUCUAAGGAAGAAAGGAACGCUUUGGCCAAGGUGCUAAAAGAGCUAAACAAUUCAUUAAGUAGAUUUCAUCUAAAUAGCAAUUUUAAUGAAGUUGAGUUCGACCUGCAACUUGAAGACGACAUUAACAUGGGAGAGAACUUUAAAGUGGUGUUAAGGGUAACCAACAAAAGUUGGACUAACACUCACGUGGCUGAAGGUAGCAUCGUAUGCCAAGCCGUCAAAUACACUGGAAAGGACGGAGAGAUGGUCAAGGCUACGAAAUUUAAUCUGGAACUAAAGCCCCAGAGCACCGGUUAUGUUCGUAUGGAGGUCCGCUUCACGGAGUACUUCGAAAAGCUCCCCUUGAAGGGUGCCCUACGCAUUGCUGCAGUCGGCAAAGUUAAGGACACCGACUACGAGUACUCCAUUCGGGACAAUUUUCAUGUCCACAUGCCGACUAUUGAAUUUCAGUUGGGCGAAGGUAACCUUGUCGUCCACAAGAAGUCAAAAGUGAUCAUGUCUCUGAAGAACCCAUUGCCAAUCCCGCUGCGCAAAGGUGUUUUCAUAGUGGAGGGACCGGGCAUCAAGCACCCUCUAAAACUGAAAAUCGCGGAGGUUCCAAUGGGUGGCAAUGCCACUGCCGACUUUGAGUACACGCCGCCCUAUUACGGACACGUCGCAAUGGUCGCCAAGUUCUCCUGCAAGGAGCUGGACGAGGUGGAUGGCUACAAGGAUUUUAUAGUUGCUCAGUGUUGCUUGAAACCGUAG